GGAGGAAGAAGAAGAAGAAGAGGGCGGUGGGUGCCGUUGCGUCUUCCUCUCUUUUGGCCUCUUCCCUGUUCCUGCAGGUACCGGGUGGGGCCGGGAGAGGGGCAGAAGGCGGCCAUGGGCGCGGCGCUUGCAGACAGAGAACACAAGGAAAAAGAACAGAAAGAAGAUAGCAGCAGCACCGAAUGCAGCGAACAAGGAGUCAUGGAUCUGAAAUUCACUUCAUCAAGAAAAUACAUUUCUAUCAGUGUACCUUCCAAAUCUCAAACUAUGUCACCUCAUAUCAAAUCAGUAGAUGAUGUUGUAGUUCUUGGUGUCAAUCUUAGCAAAUUUAACAAACCUACUCAAUUUUUCAUCUGUGUUUCUGGAGUUUUUAUGUUUUAUCUAAUCUAUGGAUAUUUACAGGAAUUGAUAUUUUCUGUGGAAGGUUUUAAACCUUUUGGUUGGUAUCUCACUUUAGUGCAGUUUGGAUUUUAUUCAAUUUUUGGACUAAUUGAAUUGCAGUUGAUUCAGGACAAAAGGAGAAGAAUUCCUGGCAAAACCUACAUGAUAAUAGCAUUUUUAACAGUGGGAACAAUGGGUUUGUCAAAUACCUCUUUAGGAUAUCUGAAUUAUCCUACUCAAGUCAUCUUCAAGUGCUGUAAACUGAUUCCAGUUAUGGUAGGCGGGGUUUUUAUACAAGGAAAACGUUACAAUAUUGCAGAUGUGUCUGCUGCCCUGUGUAUGAGUCUUGGAUUAAUAUGGUUUACUUUAGCUGACAGCACAGUUGCACCAAACUUCAAUUUGACAGGUGUGAUCCUAAUAUCCUUUGCCCUCUGUGCAGAUGCGGUUAUAGGAAAUGUACAGGAAAAAGCUAUGAAGUUGCACAAUGGUUCUAAUUCUGAAAUGGUUUUAUAUUCCUAUUCAAUAGGUUUUGUGUAUAUUUUAUUUGGAUUAACAUGCACUAGUGGAUUAAGCCCUGCAGUAACAUUUUGCUCAAAGCAUCCAGUUCAGACUUACGGUUAUGCAUUCCUUUUCUCCCUGACUGGGUAUUUUGGCAUAUCCUUUGUUCUAGCUUUGAUUAAAAUCUUUGGUGCCCUUCUGGCUGUAACAGGUUACCUUUUCUUUAAACUACAAAUAUCAGUCAAAAGGGACUGGGGUGGGGAGGUGUAGCAAGAUGCCAUGGAACUACUUUCCUCUCUUCCCCCAAAAGCUGGUUUCUGCCAGGUAAUGUCUACUUCAUUUGCAUUAACAGAGAGGAAAAUACAGACAGUUGUUUUCUGGACUUGAAAAUUGCAUGGUCUGGUUUCCUAUUAAUUCUUACCUCUGCAGCACUUCUGUUUUAUACUUGUUUUAAGGUUCAAGAGAUCUACUGUCUGGGAGCUGGCCCAGAUGAGGGGUUGGUUCAUGUAUUAAAAUAGCUCUUAAAAAUAAUAAUAAUAAAAAAAACCUACCUGUGCUAAAAAUUGCUUAAAAGUGCUGUGGAAUAGAAGACCCUUCCCAGAUUUCCUUGUGCCUGACCUUGACAAUCCAAGUACAUGAGCCCUUUCUGUCUUGCCUGUAGCAAUGUGAAAAUAUUUAUUGUGCCUUGGAAGAACACCACAUUCAUUACUGUCCCCCCCAUCAACCCUCCUCAUUGUUGGGGGGAGUGGGGUGAAGGGGUUUAAUGAAAAUUGUAUUUCUAUUAGCAGAAUGAGAAAUUAGCAGACUUAAUUGGGCAAAAGAAUAAAAGACACUUAAUUUAGAAGGAAAUGGUUACAUAAAUAUUUUAAUUAAUAACUGAUUUGAAAGAACAGAAAUAAUUGUAAUUAGAAAAACUGAAUUUUACCACUUUUUUUAAAUUAUUCAUCCGUAAACUGUUUUCUAAUUAAAACUCAAUUUUCUUUUUCAUUCUACUUUAAUUUUUCAUGUAAUAGAAAAUCAUUUUAUUUGAUGUGCAUAAAUUUCUUAAUGUAUAGAAAUUGUUAUCAAGAGGUUGAGACUGGGGUAGACAAAGCAAUGGUGAAGGCUGUUUAUUCCAGUACUAAACAUGUUCUUCAGAUGUGAUUUUUUUUUUUUGGUGGGAGAGGGUUGGGGAGAAUAAAACUUGCUUUACUGUCCAAAAAAAAAAAGGCAUGAAAAUAUGUCAGUAGUCACAGUUUCCUUUUGUUUUGGUGUUACACUAAUACUCAUGUGGGUAUAGUUACAUGAACAAGGUUUUUUAGCCUGUUAUAGUAAAACGUACUGAUAAGCAAAAGUACAUGAUAAGCAAAAUAUUUUGUUAAUAAAAAAGGCAUGGUUUUCUUCUGGUCCAGACAAUUGUACUAUGGUCUUUAUUAAAUUAGAAGCCUGUACUGUCAUGUAACACCUUCCCAGGCCCCUUCUCUGUAGCUGAAUUUGUACACCUGGUUGCUUGUUUCUUUUUCAGUGUUUUCAUAACACUUUUACUCAGUUACUAAUUGCGCGUUUCAAUAAUAAACUAUGUAUGUUUCCCAGUAUACAAUUUACUAGCAGCAUUUUAUUGUUCAUAGCAAAUAGCACUGAAAUUGUUUAAGUAAUUGUUGAAAUUUAUAGUUAAUUUGAAAGUAACCCAAGCAAGUAGCGUAAUUCCAUUUUGGUGACAGAAUUGUGUCUUCUGCUCUUACCUUGAUUCUUGCUAUUGAUGAGAUCACAUGUAGAAGAAGGCCUUUUAAUAAUUCUAGAAAAGCUCACUAAGCCAUUGAAGUGUAGCAUCUGUGGUCUUUUAGGUUUCUAGCCGAACUUGUAUUUCUCUGCACUGCUAAGUAACUAAAGUUACAGGAUUACAAAAUGCUUGUUCCAUUCCACUUAAAAAAAAAAAAAAAAAAAAAAAAA